UAGAUGUGAGUGGGAGGCUGAACACAUUCACACCGACAGAGACAGACAGGAGUAAAGCAGGCUGUUUCAUGAUGCUUAUGCUCGUGGUUAUUGCGGCUGGUUUAGGGGUGGUCGCGCUGAUUUUAAGGUUGUUUUCUCCUCAAAUCAGAAAAUAAUCAGCAGGAGGAGUGUGUCAAUCCACAGCACGGUUAGAUGGAAAAGUUGCCUUGAUCACAGGAGCAAACUCAGGAAUCGGGAAGGAAACAGCUUUGGAUUUGGCCUCUCGAGGUGCACGUGUGAUUCUGGCGUGUCGUGAUGUAGAGAAGGGCGAUGGGGCGGCGACAGAGAUCCGUACACGAGUGGGUGGAGCUAAAGUGGAGGUGAGGGAGCUGGACCUGGCCGACACCUGUUCCAUCCGAGCCUUCGCUCAGAGAUUCCUGCGAGAGGUUGAUCACCUGCACAUACUGGUCAAUAAUGCCGGAAUCAUGAUGUGUCCUUAUAUGAAGACAGUCGAUGGCUUUGAGAUGCAUAUUGGGGUCAAUCAUCUGGGCCACUUCCUGCUCACAUACCUCCUCAUUGGUCUGCUAAAGCGUAGUGCUCCAUCACGAAUCGUGGUUGUUUCUUCACUGGCACAUAAUUUCGGCUGGAUUCGAUUCCAUGACCUGCACAGUCAGGGCAGCUACAACAGCGGCCUUGCCUACUGCCAGAGCAAGCUGGCUAACGUGCUUUUCACACGCGAGCUAGCGCGCAGGCUCCACGGGUCAAACGUGACAGUGAACUCCGUGCACCCCGGAACGGUGAGGUCAGAGCUGAUGCGUCAUUCUACUGCGAUGUCGCUGCUGUUUGCCGUCUUCCCCAUGUUCCUGAAGACCCCGAAGGAAGGAGCUCAGACGUCUGUCUACUGCGCCGUCGCUGAGGAGCUCCAGUCAAUCUCAGGCAAACAUUUCAGUGAUUGUGCCCCUGCUUUUGUGGCCCCUCAGGGACGUAAUGAGGAGACGGCACGGACUCUGUGGGAUGUAAGCUGUGAAUUACUAGGGAUUGAGUGGGACUGAAACAUUCAUUUGACCUGCUUUUUUUCUCUUCUGUUUUUUCCACC